ACACACAGAGAGAGAGAGAGAGAGAGCGAAAUUAUAUAUAAAUAUAUGCAAUACGCAAAGAGAUAGGUAGUUGUAGGCUGAUGAACUGCCUCAAUUCUCACAGUACACAACAGUCAAUCUACCUCCAUCUUCCACACUUAUAUCCCCAAGAACCCAAAACUUGACAGCUUGGAAACAGAGAGAAAAUUUGAGAGAGAGAGAGAGAAAGAGAGAACCCUAACAAAACAUGGAGUCUGUUGUUUCACAGCUCGAAGGGACUCUUCUGAAUGAUCCUGACUCCUUCUCCUACUUCAUGUUGGUAGCUUUCGAGGCGUCUGGGCUAAUACGGUUCACCCUCUUGCUCAUAUUAUGGCCAGUGAUUCGGCUUUUAGAGGUGUCUGGAAUGGCAGAUGCUGGGCUCAAGCUAGCCAUCUUUGUUGCCACUGCUGGGAUUAGGGUUUCGGAGAUUGAAUCGGUGGCUAGAGCAGUUUUACCAAAGUUUUACAUGGAUGAUAUUGAUAUGGAGGCUUGGAGGGUGUUUAGUGCAUAUGACAAGAGAGUUGUGGUGACCAAGACGCCUAGGGUCCUGGUGGAGAGGUUCCUGAAAGAGCAUCUUCGAGCCGAUGAUGUCAUUGGCAGUGAACUUGUGGUGAACCGGUUCGGCCUUGCCACCGGUUUCAUUAAGGAUGGUACUGGUUCCAUCUCCUCUGGCCGUGUCGCAGAACUGUUUGGGGAUGAACAACCUAGCAUGGGACUAGCAAGGCCUGAAUCUGGUUCUUCACUUUUAGCUAUAUGCAAGGAACAAUCCCAUCCACCAUUCGUCAACAACCAGAAGAACAACCACCAGCAGCAGCUCAUCCGGCCACUGCCGGUGAUCUUCCACGAUGGUCGCCUCGUCAAGCGACCGACACCUUCAACAGCACUCCUAAUCAUCCUAUGGAUCCCCCUAGGCAUCAUACUCGCAACAAUACGAAUUGUGGUUGGUUUGGUAUUGCCAAUGCGGGCUACCCCAUACAUAUCCCGACUAUUUGGCGGCAAGGUCAUCGUCAAAGGGAAGCCACCGCCCUCAUCAGGUACCGGCCCCAGCUCUGGCGUUCUGUUCGUUUGCACUCACAGAACCCUAAUGGAUCCUGUGGUCCUCUCCUCCGUUCUCCAACGUAGAGUCCCAGCAGUCACAUACUCCAUCUCCCGACUCUCGGAGAUCCUAUCGCCCAUACCCACCGUCCGAUUAACCAGAAUCCGCCACGUCGAUGCUGAGAAGAUCAAGCGAGAACUAUCAAAAGGAGACCUUGUGGUGUGCCCUGAAGGGACCACUUGCAGAGAGCCGUUCCUCUUGAGGUUCAGUGCACUUUUUGCUGAACUAACCGAUCAGAUUGUGCCGGUGGCAAUGAACUACCGGGUUGGCUUCUUCCAUGCAACCACCGCUAGGGGUUGGAAGGGUUUGGACCCUAUCUUCUUCUUCAUGAACCCUAGACCAGUCUAUGAGGUGACUUUCCUGAACCAGUUACCGCAUGAAGCUACGUGCUCAUCAGGUAAGAGUCCCCAUGAUGUGGCCAACUAUGUUCAGAGGAUCUUAGCGGCCACGCUAGGGUUUGAGUGCACAGAUUUUACCAGAAAGGACAAGUACAGAGUGCUUGCCGGCAAUGAUGGAGUUGUGUCAUAUACUUCCAACACCUAUGGGAUUAAGAAGUUGGUGAAUGGAUUUAGGAAUGUAGUGAGUGCUUUCAAGCCUUUCAUUCACUGAACUAAGAUUAGGUUUGUCCUUCUCUUCUUCUUUUUCUGCUUGAUUGAUCCUUUCUUCUGCAAAAAAAGGUUGAGUUUGUAUUUUUUUUUUCCUUUGUUUUUUCUUUCCUUUAUUAUUUCCAUGGAAGUAAUGAAUAAUGUAUUGUGCAAGAAAAAACAAUUUUGUCAAGAUGACUGAUAUUAUUGGUGCUUAUUAUUUAUGUUAACUAUCCAAUUUGGAUCAA